AUGCUGGUGGCCGUCGGUCCAGGCAGCUGCCUGGACAACUUUGGCAGGGAAUUCGAUGCCUUCUUUCUCCACUGUGGAACAUCUCUGGAGAGCUGCAAGACUUGUUUCAAGGAGCUGCCACCGACGGCCGGGGUCGUCGGACUCGAAUGGCACGCUGCCGAGCUCUGGUCGAGGCGCUGCCGUGUCCUGGCCGAAGAUGGGGCAGAUCCACGGCAAGUGUACACACCGCGCACGCGGGCCAUCCGCCUUUCACUUCUCCUGCCCUUCCUGACCACGGACUACGUCUCACCGUGUGAGGACAUCUGGACAUGCAAUGCAUCCUUGACAGGCCAGCUGGGUCGCGGUGCGAUUAGCUCUUGGAGGGAGAGCGAUUCAGAGUGCUGGGGACUUCCUUUCCCGGUCCUGCUACCUCUAGCAUCCUUUGGUUACCACGUGCGCGAUUCUCUGCAGCUGAUGCCCGUACUGCCUCGCCGAUCUUCGUGGAACGACACCCUCGCCUUGAAGGGGCGCGUGCAAGCUGCCAUGCUCUGUAAUCUGAUUGCGGGCUGCUUGGGUUUCACGUGCCGUGCCCCAGAUUGGUGGACCUGCCACUUGCGCAUGGAUCGAAUGGGCCGGCUGUACCGAGAAACCAAUCUGGAUCCGUUUCCGGAGCGUGUGGCACUGCACAUUGCAAGAGGCAGUCGCAGAGGCGACAAGGCCUACUUGAAGUGGCUUCCUCCUCCAAGCCUGAGCUCGCCGCGACCGGAGUAUCAGCAGCUCUACCUCUUCAUCUACCACAAGGGCAUGUCGACACUCUUCCGAAGCCUCUUUGCCGAGGUCUUGGCUUUCCUUGGCCUCUCGGUCACGCAGUAUCAGUGGCCCUCCAUGCCGCGCCGCUGUGGCGAGGCCGAUUUUACGGGGCUCUACGUGCAGCCCAAGGACUUGGAGGUCUUGGAGCAGAGGUGCCCAAAGUACCGUGCGGUACAGAUUGUGCGGUCUCCGCUGGAGAUGCUCUCCUCCGGCUACGCCUACCACGCCUACCAGGGCGACGCUCCACCCGGCUCCGGGCCGAAGGUGCUUCAGAACCUUUCGGUGGCGGAGGGACUGAAGCUGGAGGCGAAGCUCCAUCUGCGCCGGAAGCACGGCUUCCACCGUGGAAACACCAUUGCAGACAUGUGGGCGGUAUACCGUUACGUGAAAGAUGACCCUCGCGUCCUCACUCUGCGCGCUGAAGAUAUCCUCAGCAGUUUUGACGACCACGUGAGGAGGAUGUUGUCGCAUCUCCUACCCUCACUGCGCAUGGGACCCGGGCUCUGGAGGCAGAUCCGUGGCCUUGCGGCGCGCUUCGACGAGAGCCGCUGCGGGCGCUGCAUUCCCACGCCCAGCGCGCAGACCACGGAGAGCCAGCGCCGGCUGAAGUGGCGAGCACGCCGAGAGCUGGCGACGGAGGCGCUGAGGCGGGGCCGUGAUGUCCGGAAGAUCCUGCGCCUGCAGCAGGAGCUGGGCUACAAGGACGAGGACGAGGAGGGGGAGGAGGAGCAGGGCGAAGUUAUGACGGAGAGUCGGAAGCGGGAGGGGGAGCUCCUCCGCUGCUGCCGGGCCACAGCCCGACCCUAUGUCAGCGAGACCUGGAGCUUGAAGUUCAAAGACUCAGCGGAGUUGCGUUCCGUGCUGUUGCAAAAAACAAGCAGCUGUGUGCGUCGCUUUGGCCAUGUGGUCUUCGUCGAUUGGGGCCUCGAGAAGGGCAGGACCGGGCCAGGGCCCGUCCCAGGGACAGCCGGGACAGCUACAGCAUCGCCAGCGUCGCAAGCGUCCUCGUCUUGGCUCCCUUUGAAGGACUUUCUGGCGUCGCUUGUGGAGUCACCGCUCCUCGGUGCCUGCAUCUCAUCUCAUCUUCGCUGCGGAGUCAUCGAAAGGGUCUGGAGCCUCGCGCUCCACAGCUACCCGACGCCCGCAGUCGCCAUGCCGGCCUUGCCACCGCCGCCAACUGCACGACUUCGUGGCCGCAUUUGCGGUCCAGAGGACUUGGCGCACGUUCUCGAUUCUCUGCCAGCCGACCGGACACUGCAAGAGACCUUGAGUGCCCUGGUCCAGAGACUGGAGUCGGAGGCAGAGCGAGGGGCUGCGUCUUUGCAGCCUCCGUGCCCGAGUAACUUUAGCGACUUCUGGGCACAGGGGGAAAACCUGGGCUUGUUGGCACUGUGA